GUGUCGGCAUGGUAAGGUGGGAGUAAUAAUAAAUCGUUCACCUGAGCCUACUCUGUAGCUCUGGGGAGUAUGAUCGUGAGCAACCAGCAGCAACAGCAGCAGCAGCGACGACGACGACGGCAAGAAUAAAACCAGGCACAGUCAGUCAACACAGGCAGUGUAAUGUCGCACAUCGUGGUGGUGGUGUUGCUGCUGCUGCUGCUGCUGCUGUUGCUGCUCCUGCUGCUGUUGCUGUGUUAUUCAGGCAAAAGGGAAUUGAACUUUCUCCUUCUAUCUUUGUUGCGGUGAACGCAACGAGUCACCACGACGACUACGACGACGACGACGACGACGACGACAACGACGACGAGGACGACGACGACAGUGGAAAAAAAAAAGAAAUAGGAGGAAAACUACAAAUUGAGGAGAAAGGAAAGAGAAAAGUAUUAGACGAGAUUGAGAAUAUUUUUAUGUUUGAUACAUGUGCGACGACCGUGUGGUGAUUUUAUUAAGUGCACGUGACAUAAGAAGAAAUCGAUAGAAGAGAGAUCAUGAGAGUAAAUCGUGGAAUUUGCGCUAAGCUGCAGGGAGGAUUCCUCAGACGAUGGUGGGCAGCUGUGGCCUUCGGCGUCCUUCUGAUCGUUAUUGCAGCAAUUUUAGCGGCUCUAUUUCCUCAGUUGAUAAAUAUCAUCGUGAACAAGCAGAUCGCAUUGAAGGACGGUGGAAGGACUUAUGGCUGGUGGAAAGCACCGCCUGUUAUACCACGUUUGCACGUCUACAUUUAUAACGUCACGAAUGCCGAUGAAUUCUUGAACAACGGCGAGAAACCAGUGUUAGACGAGCUCGGACCGUACGUUUAUUCGCAGCGCUGGGAGAAAGUUGAGAUAAAGUUCAACGAAAAUGAUACGGUCAGCUAUAAAAUUCGAAAGCAAUACGUUUUUACGCCGGAAUUAUCAUCGGGCUCUGACGAUGAUCUCGUCGUCGUACCAAAUGUUCCAAUGUUAUCGGCAACGAGUCAAUCAAAGUACGCGGCACGUUUCCUGAGACUCGCAAUGGCCUCGAUUAUGGACAUAUUAAAGAUAAAACCAUUCGUCGAGGUGUCAGUCGAACAAUUACUUUGGGGAUAUGAGGAUCCACUUUUAAAAUUGGCCAAAGACGUUGUACCGAAGGAACAAAAGUUACCGUACGAUCAAUUUGGUUUAUUGUAUGGAAAGAAUGGCACACAACCUGAUUGGUAUACUAUUUUUACGGGUGAUAAUGAUGUGACGAAAUACGGUAUAAUGGAAAAAUGGAACGGUAAGGAGACAUUAGGCCAUUGGUCGAGCCCAAGUUGCGACAGUAUAAUGGGUACCGAUGGUAGUAUCUUUCCACCUCACAUAACAAAGGAUACCGUUCUUAAGAUAUUCGACAAGGAUCUUUGCCGAGCCUUACCUUUGGUGUUUCAGAAAGAAGUGACGACUUCCGGGGGAGUUCCUGGAUACAGAUUUACGCCACCAACGAAUGUCUUUGCCUCACCUGACAAAGUACAUUCUCAACAAUGUUUCUGUCCUGCCGGUCCACCAUGUGCACCUGAGGGAACAUUCAAUGUUUCAGUCUGUCAAUACGACUCACCCGUACUACUUAGCUUUCCACACUUUUAUAUGGCCGAUCCUGCAUUGAGAGAAGCCGUGAUAGGUGUGUCGCCAGCUGAACAGGAAAAGCAUGAGCUCUAUAUCGACGUUCAACCAAUGAUGGGCACGGCCCUUAGGGCUCGAGCAAGGAUGCAAAUAAACCUUGCCGUGAGCCAGGUGCGGGAUAUCAAACAAGUUGCCUCCUUCCCCGACAUCAUUUUCCCAAUCAUGUGGUUCGAUGAUGUAAUCGAUGAGCUACCACCGGAGAUGCGUUCGCUCUUAAAAAUGGCGGUCGAUUUGCCGCCUGUCGCUAGAGCUGCGGUAUCAGGAGGAUUGGCGGCUCUUGGUGUGAUCAUAUUAAUUGGUGCUCUCUGUUGUUUGGCACGAGCAGCCAAACGUCAAGAAAAACUUCACCUGAGCAAUCCAUUGCCGGCGAAUACGACUAACAACAAAACUGGUCAACUGAAUCCAGCAUUUCAAACGUCGAAAUAAAAUUCAUCUUUUUAGAGAAAUAGACAGAGAGAGAGAGAGAGAGAGAGAGAGAGAGAGAGAGAGAGAGAGAGAGAAAUUCAUCAUCGAUAUUGAAUGCAAUUUAGUUCGAAUCGUCCGUCAAAAAACUUUCCAAUUAAUUUUUUU